UCUGGGAGAUAUCACUUUGCAGAGCCUUGACAAUCUGUUUGUAGAGCAAAACGCAGCAACACCGGCAAACGAAACAACAUGGAUAGUCCUUGUGCCAUCUCUUUGAGGUCAACUUGGAUGUUGUUUCUCUUUGGGUGUGUAAUGUCACUACCAGUGGAUAAAGGUUUUGGCUCAGACAAUCCUUCCCCAGCAUGGAGUGACUACCGCAGUCCUGGCUCUGCUUAUCCUGUUGGUCAAGACGCCUCUGCUUAUGCCUAUGGCCCAGCACCGCAACACUACAAUGUGGAAGCGCCUUCAACCUGCUCCCAGCACAAAGGCGACUCAAACUCUGACGGCGGGCUCCACUCAAACGAUGGCUCCUACAUGGAUGCUGGAGACUCUGGCUGGGCCAAGAACGGCGGUAUGGACUCCGGUAGUGAUGACGCUUACUACCCUGUUCCUGAAGGCUACCCUGAGAAGCAUUACACCUCCAUGGACGAGGAGACCCCUGAAGAGGGCACUGAGGAGGAGGAGCCCGUGUUGAGUGACGUCUCUGACCUGGAACCCGUCUACCACUUCAGUUCCAGGUCCCGCUACCAGCAAGGCAGACAGGCCUUCUUCCUGACCCGAUACAACCCCGGAGAGCCGACGGUCGGCUCCGCUGACAUGUCGGACUCCAAAAAUGGAAUGGGCAACGGUAAAGGAUGGCCAGUUGCUGGAGAGUCUGGGAAGGGCGGCUACUGAUCGACUGCAAUGGCUGUCAUUUCUAAUGGCUGCCUGUGAAUAAAUCUUUGAUUUUUAAA